GGGUGAUUCUGAGAAGGCUUCAAGGAAUAGGCAGACAUUUGAGCAAGGCUGCUGAGGAAGGAUAGGCUGUGGAUAUUAGGCUGCAGCGCUCCCGCCCGUGUCCCGCCUCGGCUUGCGAGGCCCUGAACCCCAACACCGACAGAAGUCGCGCCUGCGCACGGCCCUGUGGAGCCGCGGAGGGAGGGGACGGAGAACAGGGCGGAGGCGGAGGCGGAGUCAGGGCGCCAGCGCGUGGGCCCCGCCCCCUUAUGUCGGGUAUAAAGCCCCUCCCGCUCACGGUUUCCCCAGUCCGCCAAGGCUCGGAAACCCUUCACCAUGUCGUGCGAGUCGUCUAUGGUUUUGGGGUACUGGGAUAUUCGUGGGCUGGCGCACGCCAUCCGCCUGCUCCUGGAGUUCACGGAUACCUCCUAUGAGGAGAAACGAUACACGUGUGGGGAAGCUCCUGACUAUGAUCGAAGCCAAUGGCUGGAUGUGAAAUUCAAGCUGGACCUGGACUUUCCUAAUCUGCCCUACCUCAUGGAUGGGAAGAACAAGAUCACCCAGAGCAAUGCCAUCUUGCGCUACAUCGCUCGCAAGCACAACAUGUGUGGUGAGACUGAGGAAGAAAAGAUUCGAGUGGACAUCAUAGAGAACCAAGUAAUGGAUUUCCGCACACAACUGAUAAGGCUGUGUUACAGCUCUGAGCACGAAAAACUGAAGCCUCAGUACUUGGAAGAGCUACCUGGACAACUGAAACAAUUCUCCGUGUUUCUGGGGAAAUUCUCAUGGUUCGCAGGGGAAAAGCUCACCUUUGUGGAUUUUCUCACCUAUGAUAUCUUGGAUCAGAACCGUAUAUUUGAGCCCAAGUGCCUGGAUGAGUUCCCAAACCUGAAGGCUUUUAUGUGCCGUUUUGAGGCUUUGGAGAAAAUAGCUGCCUAUAUACAGUCUGAUCAGUUCUUCAAGAUGCCCAUCAACAACAAGAUGGCCCAGUGGGGCAACAAGCCUGUAUGCUGAGCAGGAGGUAGACUUGCAGAGCUUGUUUUGUUUCAUCCUGUCCCUAAGGGAUCAGCACUCUUUCUUUGCUCUUUUCAAUAAAUAGCAUUUAGGUUACUGGUGUCCAGCUGAAUUUCUCUUGGGUAUAAAGGCUAAAAGGGAAAAAGAAUAUGUGGAGAAUCAUCAAGAUAUGAAUUGAAUCACUGCAACACUGGCAUCCCCCUACUCCCCAACUGAGUUCAAGCACUGUAGGUUCAUGCCCAAGCCUUGAGAGUGGGUACUAGAAAAAGAUUGCACAGUUGGAGAGAGCAGGUAUGUUAAAUGGGACUGGAGUCCCUGUGAAGACUGGGUGAAGUAAAACUGUAGUACUGAUGGACUUAACUGGAGUUCAAAAACCAUCCUGUGUACACAUGGGAGUUUAGUGUGAUAAAGGUAGUAUUUCAGACUGGUGGUCUAGCCAGUAGAGUUGGGACAAUUGCUUACUCAUUAAAAAUAAUAGACCCCCCACUUGACACUAUUCACUAAAAUCUGGAAUUUAAGGCCCAACAUUAAACACAGAGCUGUUGAAGUAUU